AUGGCUCCCACUAUCGAGGCCGAAGAGCCUCACAACAACUUUGACACUAUCCUCGUUCUUGAUUUUGGCUCUCAAACGAGCCAUCUUAUCCUACGUCGGCUUCGGGCUCUCGGUGUCUUCGCUGAGCUGCUUCCGUGUACCACCAAGAUCGCUGAGCUGACAUGGAAGCCCAAAGGAAUUGUGUUCUCUGGAGGUCCUUCUUCCGUCUACGACGAGGGCUCGCCCCAUGUUGACCCCGCUGUUUUUGACCUUAAUGUACCUAUUCUGGGUAUUUGCUACGGUUGCCAGGAGAUCGCAUGGCGGAUCGAUUCAACGAACGUUGCUCGCGGAGAAACUCGAGAGUAUGGCCACGCCGACCUCAAAAUCACCAAGGUUAAUAGUAAUGUCGACCGCCUCUUUGCUGGAUUGGGGGAUGAAAUUCCUGUGUUCAUGUCCCACUUCGACAAGCUAGUUAGCCUGCCUGCUGGUUUCGUGAUCAUUGCGGACACCAAGAACUCAGAGUACGCCGGCAUCGCCCAUGAGGAGAAGCCCAUCUUUGGCGUCCAAUUCCACCCUGAGCUCGAACACACACCCCGCGGAAGCGAGAUCCUCCGCAACUUCAGUGUUGAUAUCUGCGGCGCUAAACCGAGUUGGAAAAUGGGCGACUUCGCUCAGCUCGAGAUCGCUCGCAUCCGCGAUCUUGUUGGUGACCGAGCACUCGUCCUUGGAGCUGUCAGCGGUGGUGUGGAUAGCACUGUGGGAGCAGCCCUCAUGCGUGAUGCCAUCGGAGACCGCUUUAAGGCCAUUCUCAUCGACACUGGAUGUAUGCGUCUCAAUGAGUGCGAGGAGGUCAAGGCCACGCUCGGCGAACACCUUGGCAUUAAUCUCACAGUUGUCGAGGCUGGCGAGCUGUUCCUGGGUCGUCUGGCGGGUGUUUCUGACCCCGAAAAGAAGCGGAAGAUCAUUGGGUCAACUUUCAUCGAUCUGUUCGAGAAAGAGGCUAUUAGGAUUGAGAAGGAGGCAGAAAACACCCCCAACACCGGGAAGGUGGAAUGGUUCCUGCAAGGGACACUAUAUCCUGACGUUAUUGAAUCUUUGAGCUUCCGCGGGCCUUCGGCCACUAUCAAGACUCACCACAACGUUGGCGGUCUGCCUGAGCGGAUGAUGAACGGCCAAGGCUUGCGUCUUAUUGAGCCGCUUAGACUUUUGUUCAAGGAUGAAGUGAGGGCCAUUGGCCGACAGCUCGGCAUACACGAGUCACUAGUGAACCGACACCCCUUCCCGGGUCCUGGCAUUGCCAUUCGCAUCCUCGGCGACGUUACCAAGGAGCGAGUAGAGAUCGCCCGUAAGGCUGACCACAUCUUCAUCAGCAUGAUCAAGGAGGCCGGCCUUUACGACCAGAUAUCUCAAGCCUUUGCUGGUCUCGAUACUAACCGCAGUGUUGGUGUAUUCGGUGAUCAGCGAGUUUGGGGUUACAUUGUGAUUCUCCGUGCUGUUCGUACCAAGGAUUUCAUGAGCGCAGAAGUGUUUGACUUCAGUAACUCCUUCCUCCAGGAUGUUUCGCGCGCCAUUUGCAACAAGGUGGAGGGUGUUGCCCGUGUCGUCUAUGAUUUAACCUCAAAGCCCCCUGGCACCAUUGAGCUAGAAUAG